AUGUCAUAUGCGUUGGCUUCUAAGAAACGAAAGUUCCACCGCGUCCUUGACUCAAUCUCCCUCGGAUCCUCCCAAAAAUCAAGCUCACCCCAGCCGUCGCUGGCAGGAGAGGAUAAGCUAAUGUUGAGCGGAACGGCCCAAAUAAACCCUUCAAUAAAACGCGUUCGACUAUCACGAGGCGAAAAUACUGAUGAUUCAACUCCAUUACCUUCGAGAAAUACUCUGUCUCGGCACUCGACGCCUUCGACUACAUCUCUACGGCCCAGCUUCGUCCCUUGGGAUCGCGAGCGGUUUUUGGAACGGUUGGAGACAUUCCGCAACGUUGAACGGUGGAAACCCCAACCGGACGCUAUAAAUGAAGUACAGUGGGCGAAAAGGGGAUGGUCCUGCACCGAUAAAACCAGAGUUGAGUGCGUAGGCGGGUGUGGGCAGUCUGUUGUUGUUAAACUACCCGAUGACAUAGAUGAGUUGGAAGAAUAUGACAGUGAAAAGAUAGCAGAUCGGAGGGAAGUUCGAGCCCAAUUGGUCAUCAAAUAUCAAAACUUAAUCGUCGAAGGGCACGCAGAAAAAUGCCCAUGGAGGAAAUCAGGGUGCGAUGACUCAAUCCAGCGUUUGCCUUUGACCAAAGCGGAGACUGCACUGCAUAGUCUCCAAACACGGUACAAAAACCUUUUAUCUGCGGGUAGCAGGCUUCCAUCGAUGGAAACCCUCAUUCUCCCGGAGAAAUUUGACCAGGAGUUUAUGUUAGCGUCUUUACCUCCCGAAAUUCUUGCUGGUGGGGGCCCUGCAGAAAUACAUACGCCGGCUGAUGUUCCGCCGAGUGAGGAGACAGAAGAUUCUAGUGAAAAGCCCUUAUUCACUGCCGAUAAGACUGCUUUGGCCCUUGCAUUAUUUGGAUGGGAUAUCUCUGGAGAUGCAAAUGCAGGCCUGUCCCAGAGCGGAAGGAAACUGGGACAAUGCGGCUGGGAAACCCUAGGACGUGUGAUUGAAAGCGAGCAUCGUCGACAAAUAUGGUCUAAAAAUCAGGCAUUACGAGCUGAGAACCCUUCUCCAAGCCCAGCAGAGCAGACCCCUGAGCAAUUAGAUGAGGAAACUAGAAAGACCAAAGACAGAGAGUGGUGGGCAAAGCUUCGGCGUGUCCGCCAGAUCCUUCAGCCUAAGGGAGCCAAAAAGACGAAACCAACAUGA